UCGAACCUGGGUCCUUUGGCUUUGCAGGUCGGAGCUCCUGCUGCGGGUGAGCUGCUGCGAUCUCUAGCCAAGCAUGCUGUGGUCGGAUCUGCCCAGCCGCGGAACAGAAACCUUCGCCGGAUGGAAAAUCCAUAAAAGAAAGCUCCUGUGAGACGCAAGGCUGACGGUGACAUAAGUGAACUGAGGUAUACUUGGGCUGCCUGACUUUCCUGUGUUGAUUAAUUAACCGGCGGGGGGGGAGAAGAGAGCUUGCCUUCUGACCUUUGUACCAAAGAUCUGGGAAAAAGAACCAUCUCACUAUUUCCUGAGCACUUGGGAGCUUCCGAGGCCCCGGCUAAUGUGCUGACCGUGGCUAUGGGCAGACGGUACCCGGCAGCUCACUGGCGUCCUGAUUCCUAUUGCAAAUUAUAAACCUAUUUCCUGCUCCACUGCCGACGCCCAGUGACCCAUGUCAGAAGUUCUUCCAGCUGACCCGGGUGUGGACACCUUGGCCGUGUUUAUGGCCAGCAGCGGAACCACAGACGUCGCCAAUCGGAACAGCCCAGCCACCCCGCCGAACACCCUUAAUCUCCGCUCCUCCCACAAUGAACUGCUGAACGCUGAAAUCAAGCACGCAGACGCCAAGAACAGCACGCCGCCCAAGUGCAGGAAGAAAUAUGCCCUAACCAACAUCCAGGCGGCCAUGGGCCUCUCCGAUCCCGCCGCCCAGCCCCUGCUGGGGACCGGCUCUGCCAACAUCAAACUGGUGAAAAAUGGGGAGAACCAGCUCCGCAAGGCCGCAGAGCAGGGGCAGCAGGACCCCAACAAAAACAUCAGCCCUGCGGCGGUCAUCGGCCUAGCUUCGGAGAAGUUGGAGGGUAAAGAGCCCCUCCCGCAGGGGUCCUCGGGCUGUGACCUUGUGCCCUCCCAGCCCCCGAGGACUAAGAGCUUCCUCAACUACUACUCCGACCUGGAAAUCUCAGCCCGAGGACUAGAGCCGAACCCCGGCAGCUGCCCCGGGCUGGGGGAGGAGAAAACCCAACCGGGCCAGGGCCAAGGCCCUGCCGUCAUUGGCAACGGCGACUUGCUGCCGCAGAAACCAAACAAGCCCCAGUCCAGCCCAGAAGAUGGCCAAGUAGCGACAGUGUCAUCCAGCCCAGAGACCAAGAAAGAUCAUCCUAAAACGGGGGCCAAAACCGACUGUGCACUCCACCGGAUCCAGAACCUCGCGCCCAGCGACGAGGAGUCCAGCUGGACGACACUGUCUCAAGACAGCGCCUCCCCCAGCUCCCCAGAUGAAACAGCAGAUAUCUGGAGCGAUCACUCAUUUCAGACAGAUCCGGAUUUGCCACCUGGAUGGAAAAGAAUCAACGACAUUGCUGGGACCUACUAUUGGCACAUUCCGACAGGAACGACUCAGUGGGAACGGCCCGUGUCCAUCCCAGUGGAUCUUCCGGGUUCUAGGAAAGGGUCACUUAGUUCUGUCACGCCAUCUCCCACCCCAGAGAAUGAGAAACAGCCAUGGAGUGAUUUUGCUGUUCUGAAUGGGGGAAAGAUUAAUAGUGACAUUUGGAAGGAUUUGCAUGCAGCCACAGUGAACCCAGACCCCAGUUUAAAAGAGUUUGAAGGAGCGACACUCCGCUAUGCAUCUUUGAAGCUCAGAAAUGCCCCUCACGCUGACGAUGAUGAUUCUUGUAGUAUCAACAGUGACCCAGAAGCCAAGUGUUUUGCGGUGCGCUCUCUGGGCUGGGUCGAGAUGGCAGAGGAAGACCUCGCCCCUGGUAAAAGCAGCGUGGCUGUCAACAACUGCAUCAGGCAGCUCUCGUACUGCAAAAACGACAUCCGGGAUACCGUCGGCAUCUGGGGAGAGGGCAAAGACAUGUACCUGAUCCUGGAAAACGACACGCUCAGCCUGGUGGACACCAUGGACCGCAGCGUGCUGCACUCUCAGCCCAUCGUGAGCAUCCGCGUGUGGGGUGUGGGCCGCGACAACGGCCGAGAGAGGGAUUUUGCUUAUGUAGCAAGAGACAAAGACACAAGAAUUCUGAAAUGUCAUGUGUUUCGAUGUGACACACCAGCAAAAGCCAUUGCCACAAGCCUCCACGAAAUCUGUUCCAAGAUUAUGGCCGAACGGAAGAAUGCCAAAGCCCUGGCCUGCAGCUCUUUACAGGAGAGGACCAACGUGAACCUUGACGUUCCUUUGCAAGUAGAUUUUCCAACACCAAAGACUGAGCUGGUGCAGAAGUUCCAUGUGCAGUACCUGGGCAUGUUACCUGUCGACAGACCUGUUGGCAUGGAUACCCUGAACAGUGCCAUAGAAAGUCUGAUGACCUCAUCCAGCAAGGAGGACUGGCCCUCAGUGAACAUGAAUGUGGCCGAUGCCACUGUGACAGUCAUCAGUGAAAAGAACGAAGAGGAAGUCUUGGUGGAGUGCCGGGUGCGGUUCCUAUCCUUCAUGGGGGUCGGGAAGGAUGUCCAUACGUUUGCCUUCAUCAUGGACACUGGGAACCAGCGCUUUGAGUGCCAUGUGUUCUGGUGUGAGCCUAAUGCUGCCAAUGUGUCUGAGGCCGUCCAGGCUGCCUGCAUGUUACGAUAUCAGAAGUGCUUGGUAGCCAGGCCACCUUCACAGAAGGUUCGACCCCCACCUCCGCCAGCAGACUCGAUGACCAGAAGAGUCACAACCAACGUAAAACGAGGGGUCUUAUCCCUCAUUGACACUUUGAAACAGAAACGUCCUGUCACAGAAACACCAUAGCUGCUUAUGUUUCAAGGAUUCUGUUCCUUUUACCUGAAGAUCAACUGGUAAACUAAAGAAAAGGAACUGCUAUCUAUCUGGCCUUCCAUUCACUUGCUGAUGCUUUGUCUCCAGAGAAUUUAUCCUUAACCAAACAGUGUGAGACCAGCAUGUUCUCUCGUCUUGCCACCAUCAUGUGAUAUGAAAAGAAGCAUGAAUAAUUUUUUUUUGCUAUCAGUAAGUUACAUCAUGAGCAGUGGAAGGUCUUUUUCUUAUUGUAAAUAUUGUGAACAUGACUUCACACACAAAAGAAUGUGGCCACACCCUCCUAGUGAACUAAUGCUGCGUCCUUGGAGUCCUUGGAGUGAUCGAAGCCUGAGUUCCUUUCACCGUCCUCUUGACUGGAUCUGUCACAAGCAACCUUUGAAUCUUAUGGCACUUUGCCCUGUUUUCAGCAUUCAAAACAUUUAGACACUAAAUAGCAGAUACCAUUGAGUUGCUGUAAAAAUAGGGAGACAAGUUUGAGUUUUGGUUUUUCAUAAGAUGGGACCAGUUGGUUGACAAAAUUGGCUGUUGGCAUCAGCAUAGAGACCGGCUAGCAGCUUUCCUCAGCGAGCUCUUUGACACAUGGACACCAUUUCAUGUCUACGGCUGUUUGUGGGGUGUUGGAAAAAAGUGAAACUUUAAGAUGGAUAAAAAACAAAAUUUGAGGAAUUAAAACAAACAAAAAUAGCCUUUCUUUUCAGGUGGUUUUCAAACUUAUUAUUUUUAAAAGAGAUUAACAAAGUCAUAAUGCAUUUUGGAUGGGACAUGUUUCAAACUUCUGCCUUACAUUGUACAAUGCAGCUAGAGAAUUAAAGUUCACUAUGGCCAUCCUCUACCCAGACAUGAAAAUGAAAAUCUCCUCACACACCUUUCAUCCUUAGUUUGAUAACAUCUAAUAUGCAAUUCAAAGUUGAGGAAAUAUCAUAUAUGUAUCUGUCAUACACUGUUAUUUUAGAUCUCCGCCACAUGAUACUUGUUAGUUCACGACUUAGAAGUAAAUGUUCUGCUAGAAUUCUGUAUCAAGCCCAAAAGUUCUCUAAUGCUUUUUGUCCAGAAAGCUGUCUGUCUAUUACAUAUUGUCCAUGGCAACAAAUUUCAUUUAAGUUGAAUCUUUCUCAAAUUUAUAUAUUUAAUGUUGGAAAUUUGUUGAACUAGAAAUGUUUUAAAACUUAUAUUUUUCCAUUUUAACUUAAAGAUUUAAAUUUCCCAUGUCAGAGCAAAAUAUAUGUAGGAGUAAUGGACUGUUUGACAGUUUCCCCAAAAUAGCAUUUUUCUACUUUGUUUUAUGUAGAUAGGAAACUUAAGUAUAAAGAUAUACAAAUUUAGACUUUGGUUGACAAUGUUGUUUUAAAAGGAAAAAUUUCAAAGAAGAUCAAUCUUAAUAUUAGUCUUGUUUGAUUUUAAUGUUAAAAUUAACGUUUACAACAUCCAGUUAUAAAAGUAAUGUUUUCCGCCUAUACACCACUUUGUACUUGUCAGAAUGGUUCCACAUUUUUAUCACAUUUGAGCCUUAUAAGUAGAAAGGGUACUAAACACAUUAGAGACAUCAAAACACAAAGUACCAAAAGAUUAAAUAAGUGGCCUAAGAUCUCACCAAAGCUCAUGAGAGCCAGAACCCUGGACCCACGGUCCCCAUUCUUGCCAUGUUAUUCCUCCUCCACUCAGUCAGGAAGACCUUUCCAAAUGACUCUGGCCAAUACAAAGAACAGCAGAUAAUAGAAAUGCUCACUGUCAGGCAAUCUCUAUAUUCCCUGGUUAGUAGGGAAAGAUGUCCAGUUUAUCUACACAGUGAUAUGACAUUAGUCCUAAGACCAUUGUCUUCUCAGUCCAGGACUGUAUGCUGCAAUGUACCUCAAAUGUGUUGUAGAGGACAAGCAUCCACCUUCAGUAGCCUGCUCCAAUCUGGGGUUUUCUAGAGUUGAUGAUGCUUGUGGAAGAGAUAUUCCUAACUCACACAUGUAGCUAUCCCAGUGAACAUUACAGAAUUAGUAAAGGGCAUUAUGCCUGUGGUUUCCUCAGAGAAGUUAUGGAGUGGAGUACAGGGGUUUGCUGGUACCCUAAUGUUAUAAUGAAAAUACUACUACUUGAGAAAAUGAAUUGCACUUCAGAUCAGUUUGCAUACUUUCUGGUAACCAGUGCCAUCAUGAGAAAUUACUGCAGUAAUAAACCUUACUGUACCCGGUGUGUGUGUGAGAGGGGGGGAAACUAUUCAAGUUUAUUUAUGAUGGUCUUUCACUUUGAUCUCGAUAGUGAAAUGUUUUGAUGUGCUCACCUUCAAAACGUGAAACAAGUAAUCCACUUCUCUACAGGAAAUCUCUACCAGAACCCCUAGUCCAUUUUUUUAAAGACAUACAUCUCUUUCUUUUCAGGAUCAAGAAUACUGAGCUAGCUUUAAAUAGCACACUGAUUUAUAUAUGCAAUUAUGGAUGCAGUAAGAUGAAUGAUAGCCUUUACAUAAUGAAAACUUUACUGCAGAUAAUUUUGUUUUCAAAAAAUAGCUUUGCAUACUAAAUAAAUGCAGGUUAAUUUUGUAAAUUAUGUUAAACAGUAUGUUCAGACACUUUCUGCCAUGGCCAAAAAGUAUGUAUGAAAGUAUGUGUGUAUUUGUCUGUGAAAGGAUGCCAGUGUUUUACCUGAGAUCUUAGUGAUACUUCAGUUAUCUAUGCAUUCUUUAUAUCUGUGAUUUGGUAAACAGGCAGCCAUGUUCACUAUGCCUUGUAUGUCUUUAUCAUUUUUUUAAUUAACCUGUUAAAUACAGCUUAAAAUAUUUUAUUUAUUCUAUUUUUACUGAAAUAUACUGCAUUAUUGUGUUAAUGUAUUAUCUUUGCUGGAUGAAAUGUCACAAUGUAUCCAGGUCUAAGUAAUCUCAGUGAACUAUAUACAUUGCCUAAAAGGUGGUUUUGUAAUGAUUUGUAGUCGCAUUUCUAUUGGAAUAUGUAGAAAAGACAAAAUGCUUAAAGUCCCUUUUAUUUUUUAAAAGCAGCUAGCUAGACACACUCUUGCCACCUCAUCUAUGUGCCCCUUGGCAGAAUCAAGGGAAUAGCCAACAUGCCUAUGGCUAAGAACUUUCCUUUGUAGACUAAAGCACUGUGCAGUGCUUUGUUUUUAUAUCUUUCAUAACAUGUGUGACUUCAUCAAAAAGGUAUGUACACAUAUCCACAUGCCCUUUGUUUCCACCUGGGUAUAAGAUCACCAUUGUUUUUUGUCUGUCUGUCUUAUUGCAUGAAGGGACAUUAGACCCAUUUCCAUUAAAACAAGUUUUUGGUGAUAAAA